AGUGCGGUUCAGCCCUACGCUUGUAUUGCUACGUAGGCAGGGGUGGUUCAACGGACAGGUCGAUUACAUGCAGUAUUCCCAGCCCAUUAGCAUGGCCUACACAUACCCCUUCAUAAAAAUGCCCGCCCAAAAAUCCUAGUCUCCUUCUUUGACUAAAAGAAAUGGUUUCGAUCUCGUUCAACUAGGCCUUGGUUUACCAUCUAUGACCUGCCUAACAGCAACUCUAGUGCUCCUGUGGCCAGGGGUCACUUGUGAUUCUGGUGAUUUGGAUGUUGCUGAGCCCAUGGUUUUGUCAUGGCUUUAUUCUUUAAAUAAAACCAAAGUCCUGGCUCAGAAGUCAAGCCCGCUCCCAAGCCGAAGUCGAUGUCGAUCGGUAGACAGGGGACUCUCCAACCAUUCGCGUAGUAGUGUUGCUUUACCUAGGUAGUGCUUCAAGUGUCACGAGAGACGGCAGACGAAGUGCCAGGCCCAAAGGCUCGCACCAACGUCGCAAGGGAGAGUACCUUAGAAAGUCUUGGACCCUAAACAUACCUAGCUCAAUGCAUCCUCAUGCUCCUUCAAAGUGCACUCCACAUCGCCUACACUGUAGGUGAAGAUAAGGUACCUAUACAUACAUAACUGACCUGAACCCCUUAAGUUCGGAAUUUAGAUUCCAAGUCUAUGAUAUAAU